UUUGCCGAACGCAUUUCGUAUUCAGAAGUGUGGAAAAUUUAAUAUUUUACGUAAAAAAUGAGUACUGUAGAGAAAAAACCUCUAUUCCGGGACCUCACAGGUGAAGAUCCAGACCCGGAGGUUACAGAAAUUGAGUCGCUAUGUGUGAAUUGUCAUGGCAAUGGAAUGACCCGCCUCCUCCUAACUCGCAUCCCACACUACAAGAAUGUAGUGUUAAUGUCGUUCUCGUGCGAGGAGUGCGGCUUUGAGAACAACGAGAUACAGCCAGGGGGCGCUAUCGCAGAGUUUGGUAUUCGAUGGAAACUCCGUGUAGAAGACGCGGCAGAUCUCAACAGACAAGUUGUAAAGAGUGAUUUUACGAGGGUCUACAUUCCAGAACUAGAGUUUGAGAUACCAGCUCAGAGUCAGAAAGGAGAAGUAACAACGGUUGAAGGUAUACUAGCCCGAGCGAUCUCCGGUCUAUCCCAAGACCAGGAGGCAAGAAAGAAAGAUCAUCCAGAAGCAGCGGAGCAGAUUGCAACAUUCGUGAGGAAACUCCAGGGUCUCAGGGGCUUGGAGACCAUGUGGAACUUGGAGUUGGAGGAUAUUAGCGGCAACACAUUCGUAGAGAACCCAGACGCGCCGAAACGUGACCCGCGAUGUGACAAAACUGAAUUCACGAGGAACAAGGAGCAAGAUCACUUGCUCGGUAUAUAUAGGAAGGAUGAGACAAGGAGCGCCAUGUAUUUACCCUUAUCCCCGGACACGGUUGCCAGCCUCCCGGGGUCCAUAACCCCGGCGGACCCGAGCCAGGGGUCCUACGACAAGCUCGUCGCGGACGAAGUGUUGCAAUUCGCGACCAAUUGUCCAGAUUGUAACGCGCCAGCCGAUACUAAUAUGAAAUUGACUAAAAUACCCCAUUUCAAAGAAGUCGUGAUCAUGGCGACUGUGUGCGAAGCGUGCGGACACAGAACUAAUGAGGUAAAGUCGGGGGGUGGUAUAGAAGAGAAGGGCGUAAAAUUCGAAGUGAAAAUCGCGACCAGAGAUGAUUUCUCGAGAGAUAUAUUGAAGUCAGAGACAUGCAGUAUGAGUAUACCGGAACUAGAUCUCGAAGUGGGGGGCAGAGCCCUAGGGGGCAGGUUCACAACAGCCGAGGGCAUAAUUCGGGCCUUCAUAGAUCAGUUGGGGAAUGCGCCCGCACUGCAGGGGGACUCGCCAGCUGUUGCUAAGGAGAAUUUACAGAUGUUCAUAACAAAACUAGAAGAAGUACUCGACUGUAAGAGAUCAAUUACAUUGAUACUGGACGACCCGGCCGGUAACUCGUAUGUGCAGAGUCUAAGUGACGAUCCCAGUAAAUACGAUGAUGGUAUGAAAGUGGAAUACUAUGAACGCACACACGAACAAAACGACGAGUUGGGAAUAAACGACAUGAAAACGGAAGACUAUGAACAUGCCACGUAAUAAAUAAUUAAAACACGUGUCAGAAGUGAAACUUCUUUGGCAAGAUGCAAAGAUACCAAAAUCGUCGCCUUACCGUGACGUGACGGUAUUGCCAUGACGUUUGAAAUUUUACUCUCAACGCGCCUAAAGAAGUUUCACUUCAAUAAAUAUAUAUGUAUAAAACUUUGUUCUUCUGUAUAUCUGUGUAUUUAUAGUGAGUUAUCGAAUUAUAAAAAUAUAUGCUCGAUUUUUCAGUGUUCACAUAUUUAAAAGAUGUGAAUAAAACUAGCUUUCUGUCCACUUAAAAUUUACACACAAUUUCUAAAUUAAAAUCUACUCAUAUGUCAAAACUCAUCCAAAUCGGUACAGCUGUUUUGGCGUGAAAACUUACAGACAAACAGAUAAAUUUGCUUUUGCAUUGUAUAAUAUAAACACGUACUUACAUAAGUAUAGAAAAAUAUUACUAUUAUUUAUUAGAAAGUAAUGUAAAAAAAGUUCUGAAAACGUUACAUCUCAUGAUGCAUUUGAAAAAUAUUAAUAACUAGCUUUCCACCCGCAGCUUCGCCCGCGCAGUCAAAGAAAAACCCGCAUAGUUCCCGUUCCCGUGGGAUUUCCGGGAUAA